AUGUCAUCUUUGAAAGCCAGUAAAAAAUACAAAAUACCAUCGACUACUAUUCGUAAACAUGCUCUGUAUAAUCUUAAUGUUGGUACUGGUCGACAAAACAUUCUAAGCAAAGAUCAAGAAGCCUUGAUUGUGAAAAUGCUGGCAACGUUUGAUGACUGGGGUUUUCCUCGUACACGUAGAGAAACCAUAGAUUUAACGACAAAGUUUAUACGUGAAGCUGGUUUGUGUUCAAAAUUUCGGAUUGGUUAUCCAGGAAUAGAAUGGUUACGAUUAUUCCUAAAACGUUGGAGUAAUGAACUAAAACAAAGAUCAAGCGCUUUGUUAGAAAUAAGUCGCGCUGUAGCUUUAACAGAAGAUCGAGUGAAUGUCUGGUUCAAAAAUUAUGGUGACGUGCUUGAAAAAUUAGAUAUACGUGAUCGACCGUCUCAAGUAUUCAACAUGGACGAGACUGGAUUCCUUGACAAUCGCGGCAAAAAACGUGUUAUUGUGCGAAACAGUAAACGACAUCCUGCCUAUAGGAUUCAUGGCGGCACUGCGAAACAAAAUACAACAGUAUUAUUUUGUAUAAGUGCUGGAGGUCAAGUGCUUCCUCCAUUAAUAAUUUUUAAAGCCAAAACGUUAAGAAGUAACUGGUGCACUGGUUCAGUUAAAGGCACUUGUUAUGGUGCUAAUAAAUCGGGCUGGAUUAAUGAAGAUACGUUUAUUCAGUGGAUGAAAAAAUGUUUUAUACCUAAUACGUCAGCAUUGCCUCGACUAUUAUUAUUGUUGCUAGAUGGACAUUCAUCACAUUUGUCUUAUCAAGCUUGUGUUAUGGCUCUUCAACAUCAGAUUCAUAUUUUAUGCAUACCCUCACACAGCACACACGCACUUCAGCCAUUAGACUCCUCAUUUCUUGGCACAAUUAAACGUUCUUGGAAAAAUUUAUUAACAAAAUAUUAUGAUAAAUAUGGUGGUAAAAGUUUGGAUAAAGAACUAUUUACAUAUUUGCUUAAAAAACUAUUUGAUGAAACAAUAUCACCAUCACUAGCAACAGUAUCAUUUACAAAAACUGGUCUAUAUCCUCUCGAUCCCACUGCGAUACCGAAGUCCAAGAUAAGAGCUAAUAACAAGUAUUACGGAUUAUCAGAAAACGGGACAGACCAAUCACUACAGCUUAAUGAAUCGUCAAAUAACAGCUCUCAUCCUGUGCUACCAGAAAGUUUGCAUCAAUCAACCCCACAAUUAAUACCAGUUGUUGCACUUGACUCAAAGCAGCUUCCUUCAACGGAUGAUGCCAUAUAUCGCGCUGUUGACGAUGCGUUAGCUGCAGCUGAUAAGAUUUUAAACUCAACAGCGCCCUUACUAACAGCAGCGACAGCAAAUUCUACAGACCAAAUGGAUGUUAGUCAUAGAGAAGCUCAAUCAUCAAAUAGUAAAAGUUCACCAGCACUAACAGAAUCAGUUUUUAAUGACAGUGAGCAUGAUGAUGAAGAGUUCUUCGAUAACAGAGCAAAAGAAAGACAUACAUUAACAUCAUCUUCAACAGAUACUACACUGUUAUCUAAAGUUGACAUCAGAAGUCAAAAACCAGACGACGAAAUUAUUCAAAAUACAAUAAGUCAAUAUAUGUAUCGGUCCCCACCAUGUGCACGUAAACGUACACAACGAGUCGUUCCUCGGCAUGAUGGCGAAGUUCUUACUUCUCCAGAAACUAUGAAGCGUUUGUUAAACAAAUAA